GAUAUUUUCCGCGUCUCUGAGGACAAGAGACCUCUCUCCAUCUAAUCCGACCCUAAACCACACCCCCGGCGCAAAUUAGCAGCGGCAGCAAUCGCAGAAAAAGAAAACAGAAAGAGAUGAUCUUCACCGUAUAUUCCGGUCCUGCUGGGCCAUCCAUCACAUGGCCUCUUAAAAUCAGGCCACCAUCUGCAUUCAAAUCAACUCCAUUUGCAAUCUCAAUCUCAAUCCCAGACACCAAAAGAAAUAUCAGAACCCUCUCAUUCCAGCCAUGCCGCGCCGCCAACAAGCAGCAGACCGGUUCCCCGAAGAAGAAAGGAGCGAAGAAGAAGGGCCCCACAGAGCCGGUCGACGAAGCAGGCCCCACCUCCCACCCUUCGCCGCUUCCAAAACCCCCUGCUGGAUUCAUACUCGAUGCUCACGGAAGAGUCAUCGCUGCAUCGCCCAAACGGAUUGCCACCAUAGUUGAUGCUACCAAUAAUUUACCAUUAGAAUGUGUAAUCAGGAGAGUGUUCAGAAGUUCUCAAGGGGACGAUUGUAUGUUGUUGUGCCCAGUUGAUACGCCUGUUCAAAUAUUGAAGAGCACAAAUUUUGAUGGAUGGGCAGCUGUCAAUGAUGAGGAAGUUGAAGCACUCAUCCCUGCUGCUGCUUAUGCACUUGCAAAGAUACAUAUGCAUCUAGUACUUAGCGGAUUUUGUUAUACAGCUCGACCUUCUUCUUCUUCUUCUUUUCCACUAAUGAGUGAUGAUAAAUCUUAUUGCAAUGAUGUAGAUGAUGGUCAAGAGAUAGAUGGCUUACCUACUGAAGGAAUAGAGAUAACUUGCUUCCAUCGGGAUGGUUCGCAUUUUAUGAUUUAUACGCCAUCUGAUCCACUUCUAUUCGUUGCUACGAGGGAUGAAAAUGCCGUAUUGAAAAUUGCUGACGAUGAUCUCUUGGAGGACCCUGCCAUUAUCAGUGCCAUAGAUGAGGAAACAGAAUUCAAUGCUUUGGUGGAGGAAGAAUCUGCACUACUUGAAUCAUUGUUAGGAGAAAGAUAGCCCCUACAGUUAAAUAAGAACAGAAGCUUUCCAUAUUCAGAAGAAAAAUCACAGUCACUGCUGAAGUAUUUUGUGAUCCGUUUUUAACAUUGUUAUAUGUGGAUGUGUUUGUAUUGCCCCCACAUUUGUAUAUAUGAGCUUGUGCAUAUGUACUC